GGGCGCCGCGCGUGACGUCACGCGAGGGGGGGGGGCGGGGCUGAGACGCGGAGACUCCGAGGUGCUUCACCAAGGCCCUAACAAACCGAUAAAAUGGCUUCCCGCUGCCGGUUGCUGAGCACCACGUCGCUGCUGCUGGUGCUGCUGACGCUGGUGCUGGUGCCAGGCCCUGCUCGCUCGCACGGCGAUCACGACCACGGUCACGAUCACGACCACGAUCACGAACAUGAUCACGACCACGAUCACGACCACGAUCACGACCACGACAUGGAGCCACUUCUGGACGAUGAUGUAGAGGAUGACAUGGACUUGAACAUCGACAACGACCCAGAGUUGGACGACGUGGACACCAAACAGCCCGAGCCUCCAGCCGCCCCCAAGGUCGUGUACAAGGCUCCCCAUCCCAUCGGAGACACGUACUUCGUGGAUUCCUUCGACAGCGGCACAUUGGACAACUGGGUCGUUUCCAAAGCCAAGAAAGAGGACACGGAUGAAGAUAUUGCUAAGUAUGAUGGGAAGUGGCUCGUGGAGGAGCAGCUGGAUGGGAAGCUGCCCGACGACAAGGGGCUGGUGCUGAAGUCUCGCGCCAAGCACCACGCCAUUUCCGGCGCCCUCACCAGACCCUUCCACUUCAUCGACAAGCCGCUCAUCGUGCAAUAUGAGGUGAAUUUCCAGAACGGCAUCGAGUGCGGUGGUGCCUACAUAAAGCUGCUCUCUGGAAACGCCGACCUUGACUUGACCAAGUUCUACGACAAGACAUCUUACACCAUCAUGUUCGGGCCGGACAAGUGCGGCGAGGACUACAAGCUGCACUUCAUCAUGCGCCACCGCAACCCCAAGACGGGCACCUACGAGGAGAAGCAUGCCAAGAAAUCCGAUGUUGACCUCAAGCCCUACUACACUGACAAGAAGCCCCACCUCUACACGCUGGUGCUGUCCCCGGACAACCGAUACGAGAUCCUGAUUGACCAGACGGUGGUGGGCAGCGGGAGCCUCCUCGAGGACAUGACCCCGGCCGUGAACCCCGCGCGUGAAAUUGAGGACCCCGACGACAGCAAGCCCGAAGACUGGGACGAGCGCGCCAAGAUCCCUGACCCCGAUGCCGUCAAGCCCGAAGACUGGGAUGAGGAUGCCCCAGCUCAGAUCUCCGAUCCGGACGCCGUGAAGCCGGAGGGCUGGCUGGACGAUGAGCCGGAGUACACGGCCGACCCCGAGGCCGUCAAGCCCGAGGAUUGGGACGAGGAGAUGGACGGCGAGUGGGAGGCUCCGCAGGUCCCCAACCCAACGUGCGAGACGGCGCCGGGCUGCGGCGUGUGGAAGGCCCCCAUGGUCUCCAACCCGGCCUACAAGGGCAAGUGGAAGGCGUCCAACAUUGACAACCCCAACUACCAGGGCGUCUGGAAGCCGCGCAAGAUCGCAAACCCCGACUUCUUCGAGGACCUGCACCCCUUCCGCUUGACGGCGUUCAACGCCAUUGGCCUAGAACUCUGGUCCAUGACGUCCGAUAUCCUCUUCGACAACUUCAUUAUCUGCUCGGAGCGUGCCGUCGCCGACCAGUGGGCCGCCGACAGCUGGGGCCUCAAGAGGCAGGCAGCCGCUGCUGACGAGCCCGGCAUUGUGAUGAAGCUGUACCAGGCGGCGGAGGAGCGGCCGUGGCUGUGGGCCGUGUACGUGUUCACCGUAGCGCUGCCCAUCGUGCUGCUUGUCUCCUUCUGCUGGCCCAGCAAGAAAUUUGGGCCUCCGGACGAGAGCGACCCGAAGAAGACUGACGAGCCCCAGCCAGACGACCCCGAGAAGGAAGAGGAGGAGGCAGAGGAUGAGGAGGACGAGGAGGAAGAUGAAGCGGCGGAGGAGGGGGCAGGCGACGCAGCUGACGGUGCCGCAAAGAAAGGUGGGAGCGACACAGAGGGGGGGAAGAGCGGGGAGGAGGAAGACGCCGCAGCUGCUGAUGAGCAGGAGGAGAAGCCCAGGAACAAGGCCGCCAAGUCCAAGGCCGACCUGGAGGCGGACGACGAGCAGGUACAGGCGAAUGAUGCCGACGCUGGUAAAACGUCUCCCAGGAAAAGGAAGGCCCGGAAGGAAUGAGCGGGAGGCAUCGCCCAAAGCCUCACGAGAACCCCCUCGAUGUGGGGGGGUACGGGGGGCCCGGGGGGCAGGGACAACGCCGUGUGUGACCCAACCCCCCUCAACUCCUCCUACUUCACGCCGUUUUAUUUUAUUUUUUUAACAUUUUUUGUGGGUUUUUUUUCUCCACCCCCCAGUUUGCCAACGACGAAACCCUCCGAGGUUUUCUGGUAGAGCCUUCGCUCUCAAUCGUAAGCCGCCGCGCAAGGCGAUGACAUUCUUAGGUGUUUUAUAAUUUAAAAAAGGAAACACGCGAAGAGCCGCUUUUGUUAGUGGCCGCAAAAACGGCAACGUGCACAGCACACGCGUUCAGCAGUCCGGUCCACCGACCCCUCUACCGCCUUUGCGAAUCGUUAGAAAGCAAUCCUAGAAAGCGUGCUCUGCGUGGAAACCUUGGAUGAUGGCUUGGCUUACUUUGGCGCACUUAGACAAACGUUAUUUAAACGCCUAGGGAAGCCCUUUUCCCCACCCAUCCACUGCCUCCUUUUCCCUCCUGCGGAUAUUAAGCGUUUUAAAUGAGCGUACAUGCAGCUCGCCGGCUCCUGCUUGGUUGCCUGUGCGCGCAGUGCUUCUUGGCAGGCGGCUCUCGAUAGCGAUUGCGGUGGUCCGUGCUUUAGAGAUUGCCACGGUUUCUCAUUCUUGACAGCCGUCUGGCGGCAUCUCAAUACUGUGCCAGCGUGUCGCAGCUUCACUUGACAACGUUGCCAUGGUCUUGAGCGGGGACGGGGGGGCCAUGCCCGUCGGCUCAGCGCAGAUGGAGGAGCGAUGUUAAUCGAGGUGAUGACUCGUUAUAAUUCUGCACCGCCAAUGGAAGUUUUAACCCUCAAAGAAUAGCUCUUGUAGAUGUUUCUAGGCUUUGUGACCCAGGCUAUCCAAAUACGAGUUUGAAGUUUCGUUAUCAAGCAAAAAGACUUGUCGGCACGACGCCAUAGCGGUUUAGUGACGUCACUAAAGUGGGGGUGUGACUGCCGUACGUUUUAACGUCACUGGUGUGCACUACACCGGAGUGCUUGAAGGUCAAUUGAAAGUGUUUAUUGCUUCUUAUUUAAGAUUAAAACUCGUGUUGGACAACCAUGAACACAGCUUAAGUGUGUACAUCAAAAGAAAGAGCUACUCUUUUGGGUUGCGCCUACUUUAAGAUACUAACCCUAGCACCCACCCUAAACCUGGCACUACCCUAACCCUCCAUUUGCCGUUGUUACAACGCGAGUUUAUCCUCAGCAUCUGUGGUCCCAAGACCAACCCUAGACUGAAUCUAACUCUCGGUUAGGAAACACUGACACUGUAGCAAGUACCAUAAUAUGAACGUGCAUGUUUAAAACUCCUGCAUCAUAAAGAGAAAUUAAAUGCAGUCACUUCCCCCCCCCCCCUAAAAAUGUCAUUCCACCUCUCAUUAGUUGACGCGUCAGCAAUUUUUCACGGCGUCCAUUAAAUUAGCGUGGUACCAACGAAAUACGGUGUGGGACAUUGAAGGAACGUUGAAAAGUCUCGCGCGUGAACUUGAUUUGCACGUGAAGCUGGAAGGACCUCAGUGGACAGAGGAUCGGCAGCUUUUUGUUGACUAACAAAUAAAAGCUGUCGCGUUUGGCGUUUGUUGUAUGUUUGGUGUGAACGUUUAAAUUUUUUGGGAUGUCCAGAAUUUCCUAACUUUGCCGCUGCCAGCUCAAUACAGAAUUCCCCCUGCACAUGCGCGGUGCACUUAUAUUUCACACACAAUUUUUGGUACCGAGAUCAUAACCGCUUUUCAAUUAACUGCAAGUGAAUCCAUGACAUUUAUUGACGACGGUUAAAAAUCUCUAAACACCUGCCGUUGCUUUGAUGGCCCAUGGGAGAUGAACCCUUUCAACCGGGAUGCGAUUGUAACAAAAGAUUUACCAAUUCACGUGGCCACAACUGCAAAUAUGUGAUUGGGUGGUGGGUAUCAACAGCCACUCAGUCUGACGCUCACGGAAACUGCGUAGUUGCGACUGCUUUGCAUUUGCGAAUUUACAUCACGGUAUACUAUGAUGCAGCAUUGUUAAUCGCGACAAAGGUUACAUUUUUUGGGCCCGUGGCUGGAAACGACUAUUCAAUCACUAUCCUUUGUAUGUCUAGGUACAUUUGUGAGUGUGGGUGGUGAUUGCACUGCCGACUUUGAAUGCUCCAACCCCCACAAUAUUUGACUCCAUUUGCAGCGAGGAACGUCGUGUUCCCUUGAUGCACAUCGGACCAACAUAAGUGUUGCUCAACAUGUGUGCAGAACACCAAUCUGUGGAUUACACUGCACAAUACAUAGGUCAUAUUCCAAAUAAAUCUCGCUUCCAGAGUACGGCCUGUGGUUUUGAAGCUGGAGCAGCUGCCGUGUUGACGCUGCUGUUUCCGCUGCUGGGAUUAUUUGCAGAGUGCGGUCAAGGAAGCUGUUGGCAGCCAGCGAAAAUAUUUCAUACAAUGUUUUAACAUUCGUAACCAUUUUUGUUGUUGAGCCCAAAAUGUGCACUGAAUUUUUUUGGGAUUGUUUUUGCUUCUCACCCUACCCACCUGCCCGACCCAAUGAAUCUUAGUUACGUUAUAGGUUUGUAAAUAGCUACUGCUGCAUGUGCUCUAUGUCUAGAAGAUAAUAAAAUCAUGAUGCUAAAAAACACAAUUUGAACGGGCAACUAUUGCUUAAUUUUCACCAAGUAGUCUGGGCAACAACCGGUUUCUAUGCAAUCGGUAGCGAUCAUGAACUCCCCCCCCCCCCCCCCCCCUCGUGUAAAUCUAAAACUUUGGUGCAUCGGAUUAUUAACGCCAAACCCAAAUUCGGCUCCUUGUGUGUUUGUGUCUGUUUUGAAAUUCCUUAACGGUGGGUUUCCCCCAGUCCUUAAACGUUACACAGAGCGAAAUGAAGGCCCCUUCAUUAGGGAGUGCUGUGAAAAUUAUCUCCACUGGAGUUUCAGUCAAUGAUCAAUUAACUCCUCCGAAGAUCAGUUCUAGUUGAUAAUCGUCAGCCGAUUAAUGUUAUUGGUCAUUUCCUACGCCGAUUAAAAUGUUGUGAAGGUUUUGUAAUUGCUGCACGCUUUUUGCGCAAUUGACAACUACGAAAGGCAUCCCCAUGAUCUGUUGGAUGAAGGAAUAUCGAAUAUGGGAUUGUGUGGGGAUCUAAAUCAAACGCGUUGCUAGCCAUAUGCAGUGUGAUCGGAAGUUGAUGCUGCUUAAACCUUCUAAAAUAAAUCCAAAUUAACUCCCAUGUUGGGGUCACAAGUUGUCUAACGACAGCAAAAGUUGGCGGUCUCGAGAAGUUCCAGCAUCUUCAUGCAGAAUCGCCAGUCUCUGGAGUAACGGACUCGUGGGGACCCCCCCUCUCCCCCGUAUUAAGUCAAUGUGAAAUCUUAUAAGCUUUGCGUUAUCUCUUGUUACAUGACAUAGGUUUCUUAAAAAAGCGAAUUAAUGAAACAAAACCCCAACGAAAUUGGAUUUAACAAUUUAGCUAGUUGCGUUUUACGAAUGUACAUGUUUAACGGAUACGGGUGUGUGCUAGGCGCUAGGCUGCUCUUGGCAGCAGGUGUAGGAAGACACCCCUCACGUUAUUUAAGCAGAUGAGAAAUAAAAAUGAGUUCUCGGUUUUUCGAAAUUGAUGGACUUGAAAGUUGAUCCAAUAAAGUAAUUUGAGAAACUGAA